AUAUUUCAUCAUAAACUUUUCUUCGAAAUGUCGGGCAAAGCUAUUAAUAUUGGUGAUCAAUUUCCUAAUUUCGAAGCUCAGACAAAUGAGGGAAAAAUAGACUUUUAUAAUUGGAUGGGCGACAAAUGGGCCAUUCUCUUUUCUCACCCGGCAGAUUACACUCCAGUGUGCACCACGGAGCUUUCUCGGGUUGCACAAUUAAUGCCGGACUUUGAAAAGCGUGGCGUGAAGCCAAUUGCGUUGUCUUGUGACACCGUGGAAUCCCACAAGGGCUGGAUUGAGGACAUUAAGAGCUAUGCCAAGCUGCCAAGCUUCGAUUAUCCAAUCAUUGCGGAUGAUAAGCGCGAGUUGGCCCUGAAGCUCAAUAUGCUGGACAAGGAUGAGCUGACUGCCGAGGGUAUUCCCCUAACCUGUCGCGCCGUCUUUGUCAUCGAUGACAAGAAGAAGCUGCGUCUUUCAAUUUUAUAUCCAGCCACAACGGGUCGCAAUUUCGAUGAAAUUCUGCGUGUUAUUGACUCACUGAAGCUUACACAGACCAAGAGCGUGGCCACGCCCGCUGACUGGAAACAGGGCGGUCAGUGCAUGGUGCUGCCAACAGUUCAAGCAGCCGAUGUUCCAAAGCUUUUCCCGGACGGGAUUGAGACAAUCGAAGUGCCAUCGGGCAAAGGCUAUUUGCGUAUAACCGCACAGCCAAGAGACUAGAAUGAUUCCAGGACAGCUGAAUUGUGAUUUGUAUUCAUUUUGCAUGAUUUUAUUACAAAAUUAUAAUUAAUAACAAAUGAGCUGUGUUACAACCGAUUGCGACAUUUGCUUGACAAUCAGGCGACGCUUAGGAUCAAAGCAAAAGCGUUCCCAGAACCGGCGAAAUGCACUAAACUUUUAUCUUAUAAGCUAAGAAAUGUAGAUGGGGGAAUGUGGUACAAAUAGCUUAUGUGCUUAUGAUUUUUGUUACUACAACAUAAAUAUACAAAAACAUAAACAUA